AAGCUGUUUUAUCCUGUAAUAUUAAACAACAAAAUGUUUCUGAUAUGUUAAUUAGAAAGUCACAAACUUAUGAACUUUAAAUUUAAAAAAAAAAAAAUUACUUUUUCAAUAUGAAUAAACACACCUUAUUUUUAAAGAUGUCAUAUGCUAAUACAGUUCAUCCUCUAUUCAGACCACAAAACAAAUCGACCCAAUACAUAUAACACAUAAAAUUUAAAUAAAACACAAACAAUAAUAUAGAUCACGGAUUAUAUUUGAACAGAGGGUCAGAGAAUGUCAGACAGAAAGAUGAGAACAGCCCACACCAAUUCUAUAAAUGGGGGCUAUCUGGAAAAAAUGAGGGACCAGCUCGCACUUUUCCAAGAGGGCAGAGGGAUAUCGCGCGGUGAGUACAGCUUUGUAACUCUGAUGGCGGCGAUAGUCGGGAUGCUCGGCCAGGCUUUUCACUCUCUCAUCACCCUCUUGCUCGCCCUGACUCCGAUCCUGGAAGUCAGCCUACACCUACUGCGCUUCGCCCUAGAGACAAUCAUCGACAUCAAAAAUACGCAGAAUCCAAGGGAGCUUGCUAAAAAGGUGGUGAUUUUCACGGCAGAAUUGGGUCUUGCACUGAGCUUUAUGAUUUUUACAUUUGGCUCAAUAUUGUAUCCCAUGUUUUGCAUCGGGCUCAAUGUUGGUUCGCGUACCUUGAGUUUCAUGGCAGGGAAAUGGAUUUUUUUCUGAAAAAACUGACACAAUAAAAGAUUACUUAAAAAAAUGA